GAAGAGGCAACGCGCCGCCAUUGCGAGAAUUGGUGUUGCUUUUACCAUCGUCAGGUGAAAAGAGUGCAAAAGUGUGUCGAGAUGAGUGGCCAGGAGGGUGACAAGAUUCCUGUGGGAAAGACGAUAGCCUUUCCCAUCGAUCUGGCACCCAAGGUGGCCCUCGUGAAGCCCGCCUCAGACGGAAAGCCACAAACACAGCAAACGUUUCGAACCAUUGGACAGCCUCAAAUGCGUCUCAUUGCGGGCGCCGUGCAGACGUCCGGAACUGCACAAAUCAUCCAGACUCAUCUCAUGCCGCAAGCAAUGAUAAAGCAAGUCGACACAUCCGGCAGAACCCAGAUCACCGCCCUGCCCGCCCGGAGUCUCUCGCAGACAUCGAUAACAGUCACGAGAACACAGACGCCCACAACUUAUGUGCCACGAGGUGUCACCACGGUGACCAACAUGGCAGGAGCGAGAGCUGUGACCGCAAAUCCACGCACACCCACGCCUCCGGCUGCAAAUAUCAGCUCGACAUUCGUGAGGAGCUCCGCCCCGCCCAGGACGCCCUCGCCGGCGGCAACAGUGAUCUCUCCAGUUCAAGGCGCUACGACAUGGAUGUCAGGCACUGGAGCUGUUCAGGUGCAGGUUCCAGCGCAAUUAAUCCGCGCCAGUAUCAGCCAAACACCGCGUCCGCCUCGAAUGAUGACGCCAAGUGGUGGCCCGGCGACUGUCAGCACCACCGCUGGGCAAACGAUUACAGCGAACGUGGUGGCGGCGUCGCCAGCAGGCCAGGCGGGUACUGUUCAGUCCUCCAGUUCAAACGUGGUGGUGUCACAAUCGCAACAGCAGAUCUUCGCCACCCUAGCGGCCGUCCAGUGUGCGCCGCGUCAGCAGACCGCAACUCUGGUGUACAGCAAUGUGUCAAAUCCGCAGCAGCAAUUUCCGGGGCAGCGUCUGGCCGUGGCCACGUCUCUCGGCGGACCGCGGCAAGUGCGACCCAUUCAACUGAGUAACGCCAGAUUGUCGGCGGCGGGUAUUGGAGUGCGCGUUAGUGCGGCGAAUAUCAGCAUUCGGGCGCCGAGUGUGCCCGUUUUGGCGCCCUCGAGUGUGCUCACGACAAUCCCCACGGCUGUGCAGGCGAGAACAUCUCAAGCGACAGGUGGAACGGGUCUGCCGGCCACGAGAAUCAUUCAAGUCCAGCAGCCACCGUCUGGCGGCACUGCUCAAGUGAUCAAUGCCAGCCGCUUGACGGGAAAUCUCAUGACACUGCACCCGGUGAUCAUGAACACGCCGACGGGAACGCAGAGAGGCGCGACAACGAAUCUGGGAUCGGGAAAAGUUCAGCCUUCGUUGACGAUAACUCACGUUGGGAAACUUCCGCCCCAGUCGGGCGCCACAGGCCAGCCAGCUCCGGCUCUCGCCCAGGUGAGUGGGACUCAGACGGCGCAGAUCCAGCAGCAGAGCCACCAUGCAGUGUCAGGAGGGCAGCAGACGGCGCCUGGGAGUCAGUCGAUCGCCCAGAUUGUCAGUGUGAACCAGCAAGGUCAGCCGCAUCAGCUGGUGACAGUAAAUCAGCAGCAAAUCCUCACAGCCGCACAGAAUCAGAGCGCCGGUGGAACGACAGUGGUGCCUCUGGCCAUUGCCACGCGACCGACGGGGAUCCAAGGCACACAGGUGGCUCCCAGUGCGGGGAUGGUGAGGACGAAUGUUCCGGGAAUUGGGGUGUCAAGUGCGCCAUCGACUGCAGUAAAUCAGGUAGUGUCCGUACCGCCAAUUGCCAAGGUUCUACCGCAGCAGCAAUCUGUGUCGUCAUCUGAAGUGUUUAUCCAGCGUCCGGCGGUGUCAACUUCUGCAACAGCGGCCGGAGUGCAGCUGGCGAUCACCUCGACGCCCAGCAGCAGCGUAACGAGUCUCAGCUACUCCUCAGCCACGGGAGGAUCGUUCGCCGUGGUCGGUGGGAACCGGCAGAUCCACGGACUUGUGCCCACGACGUCAGCUGGUCAGGCGACAAGCGUCCAGACGGUUCCCGUGCGCUUCCAGCCACAGUUGAUCGUGGACAACUCAACGGCGGGACAGGCGUCGCAUCAGAUCAUCACGAUGACGCAGCCCACGUCGACGGCGCAGCAGCACAUGCUGAUUCCUGUGCCGGCCAAGCUAGCGCCCACCACGAGUCCGCGGCCGAGUAUUCUGCGCAAGAGGGACAACGAGGGAGCGUGCGUGGCGCCGAAGGGGGUGAAGAAUCUCGUGCCCAUCCUGCAAUCCAUGGGCAAGGCCUCGCCGGCGUCGGUGGAGGUGGAGAAGGAGCUAAAGCUGGAGCAACCGCCUUCGCCGCGGCCGCCGUCCAGUGACGGAUCGACAACUGUUAGUGCCACUUCGAGUCCAGGACUGGAGCAGCAGCAGCAACAGAUGCCGGAUCCGGAGGAGCUCUCGAUGGCGCUCAGGGCGCAGAGUGAGUUGGCCUACACGAGCAUGAGUGCUGCGUUCGGCGCCGCGGUACAGCAGAAUGCAGCCAGUGACGUGAUCGAAAUAACGCCGCGCAAGAAGCCGAGGAAGCAGCAGUUGGAGGUGUCAAACACGGCGCAGGCGGAGGCCAAGAUGCCAGUGCAGGUGAACAACAAGGAGAACAGCCAGUCGACCGAGGUGACGAUCAAGAAACCGCGCGCUUGUUCUCUCCUCGAGACGUACAAGCAGAACUGGAAGGCGGCCAACAAUCACUUCCAGCGCUAUUCGGACGUGAAGCCGCGGGAGGAGAGGAGGCCAUCGGUGAUGGACUUGGCCAAUCAGGCGCACGUCCUGCAGAAGGUCAACGGCUGGAAGAUUUACCACUUGAGCGCUCAAAUGGAGGAUCUGUGUGAGCUGGAGUCUCAGGUGUACGACAAGCUGUCGUCGAUGCUGCAAGUGAUGGAGGCGCACGAGCAGAGUCCGGACGUUGAUCGUGUGAAUGAUCUGCUGAAGGGCAACAUGCAGAGGAGCAAAGUGAUUAUUGACGGUGUGAAUGAGGCUCGUGGGCAGAUAAUGAAGAUAUUCGAUCACAAAUCUCACGUGUCAGACAUCAUUCAUCGUUGUGCGUCGAAGAGGAACUUCAAGAAGAGGGAGAAAACAUAAGGAUUAAGUGUGUGAGUGUGUGGAAAGUCCUUUUAUGAAGGUUAA